UGGAAAUCUGGGAAGUUUAGAAUUGUCAAGACUGAAGGCAAUGGCAAGCAGCUUUUCCCCUUCAGAAUCUUUGGCGCUCUGCUACGAGAAUGUGAAUGGAUCCUGCAUCAAAAGUACUUAUUCCCCCGGCCCCCGCGCCAUCCUCUAUGCAGUCCUUGGUUUAGGAGCCCUGCUGGCAGUGUUUGGAAACUUACUAGUCAUUAUCGCUAUCCUCCACUUCAAACAGUUACAUACACCUACGAACUUUCUGGUGGCGUCCCUGGCCUGUGCAGACUUCUUGGUGGGCGUGACCGUGAUGCCCUUCAGCACUGUGCGGUCUGUGGAGAGCUGCUGGUACUUUGGGGAGAGUUACUGUAAGUUCCACACUUGUUUUGACACCUCCUUCUGUUUUGCGUCCCUGUUUCAUUUAUGCUGCAUCUCCAUCGACCGGUACAUAGCAGUUACAGACCCGCUGUCAUAUCCCACCAAGUUCACCGUAUCGGUUUCUGGAGUAUGCAUUGCUCUCUCCUGGUUCUUUUCUGUCACAUACAGCUUUUCUAUCUUUUACACGGGAGCCAAUGAAGAAGGGAUCGAGGAAUUAGUGGUUGCUCUGACCUGCGUGGGAGGCUGUCAGGCUCCACUGAAUCAAAACUGGGUUCUACUUUGUUUCCUUUUAUUCUUUCUGCCCACUAUUGUCAUGGUGUUUCUAUACGGUAGGAUAUUUUUAGUGGCAAAGCAGCAGGCUAGAAAGAUCGAGAGUACGGCCAGUCAAGCUCAGGCCUCAGAGAGCUACAAGGAAAGAGUAGCCAAGAGAGAGAGGAAGGCUGCCAAAACCUUGGGGAUUGCCAUGGCAGCGUUUCUCGUGUCUUGGUUACCGUACAUCAUCGAUGCUGUGAUUGAUGCCUACAUGAACUUCAUAACACCUCCCUACGUCUAUGAGAUAUUAGUGUGGUGUGUCUACUACAACUCAGCCAUGAACCCCUUGAUAUACGCCUUUUUUUAUCCUUGGUUUAGGAAGGCAAUAAAACUGAUUAUGAGUGGCAAAGUCUUCAAGGGAGAUUCAUGUACAAUCAAUUUAUUCACUGAAGAGGCAGAUGUAGGCUAAAAAGAUCGCCACAGAGAACUGAAAGAGGCUUGGGUUGAAGGUCAGAGGCAAAAUAAACACUGCGAUCCAAGGAGGCUGCAUACUCUUUCACCAAAUAGGAGGCCUGACAUCCAAGGGUCACUCCAAAGCAUUUUUCCUGUGUCUGUGCAUUUUUCGGCUGAGUGACAUGUGGUCAGAUCUGUUCAUUCCUCCCGGUGUCGUGUGCUCUUUAACGUUUUCUGCUUUGCUCUGAAAUUUCUACCUGUGUCUUCAAGUCAUUGGAAGCAAUGUAGUUUCUCCACUACCCACGAAGAGUAUUCAGAUGUGGGCAAUAACACAGAGGGGGAGAAGUGCUUGGAAUUUGAAGUUAGGUUUUCGGGGGACAAAGC